AUGACCACCACCAUGGCACCACCCCCGGGCUGUGGCAACAUCGACCCUGAUUAUCACUUCCUCUGUGACAUCUGCGAAGCCUGGGGCAUCGGUCUGGAGACGGUGGCUGCUGCAGGCAUCCUGGCCUCACUGGUCCUCCUCCUGGCGUUCUUCAUACUUGCUUUUAUGAUCAAAGACAAAAACAAGAAAAAUAUGGCUCCCAUUCAGUUCCUGUUCAUCCUGGGUACCCUGGGCAUCCUUGGCCUCACAUUUGCAUUCAUCAUCAGGCUCAAUUCAAAGACCGGCCCUACCCGCUUCUUCUUAUAUGGGGUCCUUUUUGCUCUCUGCUUCUCCUGCCUUCUGAUGCAUGCCUCCAACCUCACCAGGCUGGUAAGAGGAAGGCCCCCCCUUUCACAGCUAUCAAUGCUGGGCCAUGCUUUGGGCCUGACCUUUGUUCAGGUUAUCAUAGGUGCCAAGUACAUCAUCCUCACAGCAGAAAGACAUGGCAUAGACUUGGUCAGGAUGGGGAGAGAGCAACGCAACAAGGACUUCAUCCUGCUCCUGACCUAUGUGCUGGUCUUAAUGGCCCUCACCUUCAUGAUCUCCAUGUUCUCCUUCUGUGGACCGUUCAGAGGCUGGAAGAGGCAUGGAGUACACAUCUUUCUCACCCUUCUCUUCUCCAUAGCCAUCUGGGCUGCAUGGAUCAGUAUGCUACUUCUGAGUGGUGUGCCUGAUGGUGGGACAGAAAGUAAGUGGGACGACCCCCUGCUUGGCAUUGCUUUGGUGCUAAAUGGAUGGGUUUUCCUGAUGACAUAUGCAGUGCCUGAGAUCUGCUUACUUGCUACCCCCUGUGAACCAAGGAACUACCCUCCAGAGAAAAGCAUUUGCAAGUCCACAGUCUCACAGCAGAGCUUUGAAGCAGCAGUUUCUCAAGCCCCAGAUAAUGAAGGAACUGAGGAAGAUGUUUUGCUCCCCACAGACAGGAAUGACUUCCAGCCCAAGAGGCUCUGGUCAGAACUGAGCAGGGGCAGUGGGACAGGCUGGUUCCUUUGCGUGGAACCACAAGGGAUGGUGUUUGGCAAAAGUUGA